GUUUCAGUUACGAUCGCGUUGUUGAUGUACACGGUAUUGAUGAACAAAAACAAAAGAAAGAAACGAAAAAUUCGUGUCGAAAUGAAAAACUUGAAUUUUUAGUUGAGUGUACGUGUCAGUGAGGUUGGAUAUAUUUUUUUUUGCUUCGACGGAAAUUAGGUUAAACUGUCCGCUCAGUUAAAAUUUUUGUUGAUUAUUUUCGUUAAAAUUCAACUGAAAUUCGUGUGUUGUUGUAUUAAUACAUUUAAAUAUUGAGUGGUUGGAAGGAAAAAUUUGGUGCCAUCUUAACCCAAUAUUGGUGUAAUGUUUGUGUACUACUCUGUACGCAAAUAGUGCACUUUACUUGCCGAUAAUUAUAUUCUAACAUAACAAUUCACAUGAUGACUCGGUCUGAGAAAGUUAUAUUUUAAUGAGAUGGAAUAAAAAUUACUUUUUCUUGAAUUGUUUUCGUUGUUGUGCACUGUGUACACACACUAUACUUGGAUUAAGCGUAUAUAGGACGCACAAUUGGGUUUCUCAUAAUUAUUAUAAAAUGGGAAAAUAGGUCACCAUGCUGAAUGUGAGAUGAUAUAACACCAACACUUCAAUGACAUGGAAAAACCAAUUAAUCAUAAAAUAUGUUUGUGAGCCACACGACACACACUCCACCAUCGCUACAACUUAAUUUUCACCGCAAUUAUUGGUUCUGUAUUGGUUGGCAUCGGUGAAUAAAGUAAAAAAAAAAAAAAAAAAAUUAAGUAAAAGUGUAACAGACAGUAUAUACGUAGUUUGUAAAGUGAAUAGGAAUAAUUUUUGUGAGAGUGUAACAACGUGUGCUAAACAAAUGGUUUACAAAGCCACAAAUACUCCAUUGUGAAGUUCGUUUUAAUUUUUAAACUUAAAGAAACCCAAGGAUAACAUUCACACUCAAACGAAAUGAUAUUGUACAGACGGAACCGGAAAAUUACAAUGAAUCUACUUUAUGGAUUAUUUACAUUCAUGAUGCUGCAUCAAUUGUGCGCAUCCGACGAGCCAAUAUCUAUAUCACAAAUCUCACCAAAGUCAAACACAGCCAAUGCAAAUUUAGAACAGCCAAACAUUCAGACAUCAUCAAAUAUAAAAUUACCACAAACCAUUGAAUCAUCGCAAUUACUACAACAAGACAUCGCAGCUGACAAACACAACGCGGAUAUAAUUCAAAGUGAAAGCGACAGUGAUCAUAAUCACAUACGAAUCGAACGAUCUGCGUCACCCAUAUUACAUGAUAUUCCAUCCAAGUCAUCAUACGAACAACAGAAUAAACAAUUUGAUCAAAUGGAGUCGAAUGACGUCGAAUCGUCGGGUAGAUAUUACAAUUUAAUUGAACCGACGAGCACGGUUAAAGAUGGAGUUGAAAUGGGCGACAUGACACGGAGUGAGCGAACCGGAAAGGAUUUGACAUUGGACUCUUUUUUAGCGAAAGGGGGUCCUCGAUCGAUUACAUCGGGGUCCCCAAUCAGUCCAACGAGUGUUACGCUGACGUCCCCGACUGCCGUCUUAACUAAUCAUCCCAGACAAAGUCAAAAUCCCGACAUACAGGACAUUAUUACUGGAAUAGUAAAGUUGUUGAAUGGAAAUGUAAAUGUUCAUGCAAAUACUCAGCCAGCUCAAGCAUCUCGACGACCAUACACAACACGUAUAAAUAAUAGGGGACCGCCGAGAAUAUCUGAAGCUCAACCCGUACCGAAUGAAUACGAACAACAGCCACCAACCGUUACGUUGAGACCACCACCUUAUCCGUUUGAUCGUCCGGAAAAUCGACCUUUUAUGAAUGGAGUUCCAUUGCCUGAACAGAUUGUUCCAUCAAUGCAACAAAACUAUCGUCCAGGGUUCAUUUCUCAAAAUAGACCUCCAUGGCAAAGACCAAGACCUCGUCCACCAAUCACCGGUAACCGGAGACCAAUACCACCGUACAAGCCGAUACCAACAAUACCAGAAUAUCAUCCAGAGGAUGAGUAUCAAUUGACUACAAUAGAAAUAGAUACGAAUUCAUCUUUGUAUUCGAACACAACAGAGCCAAUUACUGGCUAUGAAGUAGAAGAACAAAAUUCAGACGACGAAGAAGAAAUAACGGAUACAGAUAUCAGAAUGUCAUCUCCACCAAUAAUUUUACCCACCACAACCAUAGACGAUCUUAUUGAAAAUAGUGAGUCGCCCGAGAGAGAAGCGAUUUCACCAGUGUCUUCCAUUCCUGAAAUCAUUCCAACGAUGACGACCAUAAUUCAAUCGACUUCGGAAGUGAAUGUCGCCCCAUAUAUGUCGUCUACGUCGUCACCUUUGUCAUCGCACACAUUCACCCAGACAUUGCAGUCGUCGUUCAAAGAAUCCAGCUUGAGUACGGUACAAAGUAGUACAGUCACUCCAACUCUUAAACCAGCUGUAAAGACAGAGUUAGCUAAUGAAGCUCUAACUCAAGCCCCAAUACUAGUAUCAUCAUCAUCAUCAUCUCCCCUUGCUAAGCCAAUUGUGACUUCAGACUCCAGUUUUCCAUAUCAUCCUAGACCUGGCUUGGUAUUAGAUGAUCCUGAAUUUAAGCCUGGUGGUCAUCGCCAACGACCACAAAUUCAGUCAACCCGACCGAUAACACCGCCUGGCUAUGGAGAAAUAUUUGAUGUUACGUUGUCGGCUAUUCAAGGUCCAUCUGGAAGUGGUUCUCAACAAACGAUAAAAAUCAAACCGUACGGCCAUACUGGCAACGGAAACGGUGAUAUUAUUGUGUCGCCAUCUGGAGAUGAUGGUUUCGUUUCCAUUGAUGGUAAGAGGACGUACAUCAAUUUAUUCGGCGAAUCGACUGAUGUACCACAUGCAAGUAGUUCACAAUCAACACCGACACCAACAUCUUCGCAAAUUAUAAAGGCAACACAAACUCUUCCUCCUGGAGUAACUGGUACUGGAUACGCUAUCGCCGAAACAGAAUUGCCGGUGAAAACUAAUCAAAAGCCAGGCAUUCAAAACCGGCCACUUUAUCGACCAAGGCCACCUCAACAGCCUCCCGUUAGAAUCGAUACUUGCAUAGUUGGUGACGAUUCAACGUGUGAUGCUGCACAAAAUGAGAGAUGUAAAACCGAGAUAGGUGUGUCUAGUUGUCACUGCAGACCGGGCUAUGCAAGACGCAAACAUCGUGAACCAUGUAGACGUGUAGUGUCGCUGUUGAUGUCAUUAAGAGUGGACAAAUAUUACGAACGACGAAUUGUUUGGGAUAAACUAUUAGCAGAUACUAACAGCGAAGCAUACGCACAGCUAAGCUAUGAAUCAGUCAGAGCGAUCGAUUCGGCCAUGUCAAUGACUCCGUUUUCGGACGAGUUUAUGGUGGCAAAAGUUAAUAGAAUUUACAAUGGUGAUGCUACACAAGGUGCUGCAGGUGUGUUCGUCAAUUUGACUCUGGAGUUGGAAGAAAAUGGCGACACCCUGAGACCAAAUUUAAAAUCGGAUAUCCAGAAACAUCUUCUCGGCGUGAUUCAUCGACGAAAUAACAAUAUUGGCAAUUCUGUGUUGUACGUUGACUCUCCUCCUGGAUCCGUUUCAAAUUUACAAGAUCUGGAUGAAUGCUCUUCACCGGAAUUGAAUGAUUGUCAUGCACAGUCUACCUGUACCAAUAUAUGGGGAAGUUUUCGCUGUGCAUGCAAUUCUGGCUUAAGAGAUCCAUGGUCUGAUCAACCGCAACGUGCUGGAAGGGAAUGUCAUGCAUGCGCUGACAGUUAUUGCAACGAUCGAGGUACUUGUAGCUAUGAGAAUGGAAAUCAGAAAUGUACCUGUGCUGGAAGCUAUUACGGCGCACAGUGCGAAAUUGAUGGUGAAGUUUUGGGUGUUGCUGUUGGUGCUUCAGUUACUGCGGUUAUCAUAAUCGUACUGACUUUGGUGUGUUUGGUAAUGUGGAGUCGGCGUUGGCAACGCGAGCAAAAGAAUUCCAUGGGAAGUCCUGUAUUCGGAUACAUGACUGGAGCUCAAGUAAAACAAGCCGGUUUGGGACAGCCGGCAUAUCAAGUGACGCUAGAAGAUCGAAUGAGAUGGGCCCAAAUCGCUGAUGUUAUGGCUCAAACCAACCAUUACGCUGCUGAGCCAGUCGGUUCCACAAGACCAUCGUCGGCAAUGUUUGGAUAUCCAAAUUUACAUGGAAUGAAUACAAUGAACAAUAUGGGUACUUUAGGUAACAUCUCAAUGGCCGGAACAUUGCCAAUGCAUGCAACGUUGCCACCAGUUCCGCUUCCACGCUAUGGACUAAGCCUUCACAGUCGAUCCAAUGGCAUGCGAGCAUUGGAAAAUUCCAGUUCCAGCGAAGAGGAAGAUCGAGCCGAUUUACUCGGACGAAAUUUCCAAGUACCCAGACCGAAAAGUCGUAGCAACGCUAGUGUGACGAAACAGUCUGGAAUAUAUUACGAUGUUGACUACGAACCGUCUGGUGAUCUAUACGGUGGCACUCAGACCACAACAGCCAGUAACAAUCCGAUACCCAUUCCAGGGCCUCAGGGCAUACCAAUGAGUACAUACACAUCAGGCCGUGCACCAUCGGCGUACUAUAUGAAUAAGUAGUGAGACUAUUAACGAAUAUUUAUUGAAUUGUAAGACUUAAUUCCGUCAUUACCCACUCCCCCUUCCCCUUCAUCCGAUAAAUUAAAUCGCAAAAUUAGGUAGAAUUUUCAUUUUUCAAAUGAGUCAAUUGUUAAGUUAAUAGCAGAGUAGAACUUAGACCGUUAAGUUUUCAUUUAUUUAUGUGCAUUUUAUUGCUGUAGUGACGUAAGUGCUUCUACUGUAAAUAAUAAACUCAUUUUAGUGUA